UAUAUAUGCCACUUGGACUCGAAGGUCGCGCCAUUUUCUGAAGAAGUCCUCUCGGCGCAUUCUCUUUCGCGGACAGCUCAUCCCGCCACUCGGCAAAACAUCUCCACCGCCGGCGGCGUGCGCAUUAUCUGACUUGCCGCCCUCUCACUGCCUAUUCCAAGCUGAGGUUAUCAUAAACUGCUGCGUAAUGCAUAUCGAAAAAAAGAACCGAAGUUUUCAGGCCGCCAUGGUUCCUGCUUUCACUGGCCUCUUUGGGAUGGCGGUGGUCCUAUUCGCCGCCUUCCUGUGCUGCGCAUCUGAGACGCCCACGAUCAAGGGCGGCUGGAGCAGGAAGAGCGUGGGUGAGGAUGCGAUAUUUGAGGAGGUGGCGCAUUACGCUAUAUCCCAACAAGUCAGCGGUCGAGAAUUCUUCGACACCGUCCUCGAGCUCCUCGAAGUUGAGACCCAGACUGUGGCAGGCACAAACUACCGCAUCAAGUUCAACAUAGCAGAAUCAACCUGCAGGGUGACUGAAGUUUACAGCAAGGAGGCCUGCCUUCCCAAGUCUAGAACGGCAGUCAAGGCCACUUGCACUGCGGUCGUCUACGAUGUGCCUUGGCUGAACGAGCGCUCCGUGUCAUCUUUCGACUGCGAAGGAACCACCACGUCAACAUAGAACAACACAGAAUAUGCUGAAUUUGGACCUUGUGCCAGCCCGCCCUCUUUAACACCCUCUUUGACCGCCUAUUCCCAGCACAGUAGAAAAUAAAGGCGGUACACCAAUUGGACAAAGUCGUUCUUUCGUAUUUUAUCUUUGACUUCGUCAAAAGGUCCUACAUAUUUCUUAAAACGAAUGCUUUAGUAUGCGUCACAAGAACAAACCUCAAUUACAUGUUUUGUGUUGCUCACCAGUCGUCUACGCUACUAAUUUUGGUUCGCAUGUUUAAUUUUGUGAACCAAAAUACGGACUUUCGCCAUUGUUGUGUAAGAAUAGUUUAGCACACAGCCGUUAAGUGUGUCAUGUGCUACUCAUUCCAAUACACAAGCAAAUGUCUUCCGUGGUAUCACACUGCUGCGAACACAACGCGAGAAACUCGGGCAAUAUUUUGCUCUUGAGACAGACUUUUUGCCUUCCUUUUUCUCAAUAUAGGCUAUCUGUUUUGUACAAAAAUAUGCCGAGAGCAGGACUGGCACCUUCAGACCUAAAGGUAUGCCCAUAGACACACAUUUUGCUAUCGACAGACUAAUACUUGGGGAGUUGCUUGAGAAAGUCAUAGCAUCUAGGAAAGCAUUUCUGUAAACGUAUCCCUGAACAGCCGGUGUAGUCUGCGAACUCACAUGCACCCUUGUCUUCGUGGUAAACACAAAUCGUGGAACUUUGAAGCUCUGGGUUGCGUGCUUGGAAUUUCCUCUCGUUUUAAUGAAUAUGAGUAAUGUCAUUAACUAAGAAGAUGCGCAACAUACCAAAGCGGCUAAUAAAUUUAGACAAGAAUUUUGUUUUUGUGAAACCAGAUGAAGUUUUCAUCGAUCAAGCAGUGGCCGCUGGAGACAAUAGCGGGUAGCUAUUGUUUCAAAUGGAUGUAAAUUUGAAUCGACGAAUACACCCUCAGUGCUAUCUGUUGCAAACUGAAGUGGGGUUAAUAAGACAUUUCGUUUGACAGAAACCUAUAAUAGAUCUUUGCGUAAUAACCUAUGUGUAACUAGAUAUAAAGUCUACAAUCACCUUCUUAUCCUAAAUGCAACAAACUACAUUCAAUUCUGUUCAGCGGUUGUUUAUGCUGAAUGCGUGUUUUUUUGUAAAUAUAAUAAAGAAAUCAAAGUUG